AUGCAACCACGCACUCCGUCUUAUCCAUCAGCUCCAAUCCCCCAAGACAUAGCACGACCCCAAUUUCAACAAUUUGCAUCACCAACUGUAGCACCACCCCAGUCAGCAAUGCUUUUAAACAAAGCACCUCUAGGAACUGUCAAGAAACCAACAGCAAAAUCCGAGUCUCUAAAUACUGAAGCAGAACAUGCGUAUCAUGGCCAGAUUAAAGAUGGUCUUUUUCAUGGAAAAGGCAAAUUAAUUUAUAAUUCAGACGAACGCUAUGAGGGAGAUUUUGUUCAAGGAAAGCGCGAAGGAUUUGGAAAGUUUGCUUACGCAGAUGGGGCUAUUUAUGAAGGACAAUGGGUUGACGACAGAAUACAUGGUGAGGGCGUAGCAAUCUUUGCGUCCGGAAACCGCUAUGAAGGACAGUGGGAGAACGGAAGAAUCAACGGAACCGGAAAAUUAAGUUAUCACAACGGAGAUGAAUAUGAAGGGGAAUGGCUUGAUGGUAGAAUGCAUGGAUUUGGGACGUAUCGAUACUCUGAGGGGGAUGUCUAUCAAGGAGAGUGGCGCGAUGAUAAAAGGCACGGAAAAGGGUCUGUCGUCUAUGUCGGACCGAAAGGAGAAAUGGUUGAACAGUUUGAUGGAGAUUGGGUUAAUGGCAAAAUGCAUGGAGUAGGUAAAUAUCAAUACCAAGAUGGUGGAUGUUACGUUGGGGAUUGGAUGGAGGGUCGUAUGCAUGGGAAAGGCGUUUAUCACUUUCCAAAUGGAAAUACGUAUGAUGGUGAAUGGAUCAAUGACAAAAAAGAAGGCUAUGGAACCUUAACUUACGAGAAUGGCGAGAAAUACGAAGGGUAUUGGAAAGGCGAUAAGGUCCAUGGGAAGGGAACACUAACUUACGUGGGGGGGGACAAAUAUGUUGGAGAAUGGAUAGACGCCAAAAAACACGGGGAAGGAGAGUUGAUGUACACAAAUGGGGAUAGAUUUAAGGGUCAGUGGGUUGACGACAGAGCUACAGGAUUUGGUGUGUUUACCUACGCGAUCGGAAAUCGUUAUGAAGGGAUGUGGUUAGAUGAUAGACGUCAUGGGGAUGGAGUGUUCUACUGCUCUGCUGAUGGAACAACAUAUGAAGGGCAAUGGGCUGAUGGACGGAAAGAAGGUCGAGGGACGCUACGUUUAGCGCAAGGCCACAUAAUAGAGGGAAUAUGGAAAACUGGACAAUUAGCGCAAGUUUCUGGGUUCCAAUUUUGUCCGGAUUCGCCCUGGUCGAAUCCAGAUCUCUGA